GUUAUUCAUACAUUAAAAUACAUAAUAACUCAUUUUUUUUUUUAUUUUGUAUUAUGCUGACUGAACCGAAAUACAUUAUAAUUGUUUUCAAACCUUCUCUCGACUAAAAAUGUAUAAACAUCUAUAAAUUAGCUUUCGCAAAUUGAGAACGAUAUCGAACAGAAUAUUUCUGUAUGAUGUAUGAAUUUUCAAUAAUUAAUUAUAUUUCAUUUAUUAAUUCAGAACAAUGUAAUUUAAAUUUUAAAUAUUCUAUUCAAUAAUUGCGAGUUUAUAGAUAAUUAAUUUUCUAUUGGAUUAUUUCGCGAUAAGUUCUAUUAUAAAAGGAAUGGUGUUUAUAUCGAUAUCAGUUUGUAAAUCAUUUUUCUAGUUAACUGAUGCAACUAAUCGUUAUUUUGUUAGAAGCAUUUAUCCACUCUUCAUGAGCUUUUGAAUUGAAACACAAGCCAGAAAGAAUACUAACGCAAUUUGAUAAACCAGUUUUUCUUUUUUAUUUUGAGCAUUUUCUAUUUUAUUAUGAGUCUAGAAAAUCCAAGUGAAUUAAAAAAGAAAAAUCAAAUUAGACUUCGGCAUGUUUUCCUCUCGACAUUUUCGUUAGGAAUAAAUUUGGAAACCCCAUCUUCACGAAAAGAUUUAUUGAAACUGAUAACUAUUAUUCUCUUGGCUGCAAGUUGUUUAGAUGUUUAUGGACAAAUUUGCUAUAUUCUAAGAUACAAAUAUAGCAUACUCAUUAUGGCAGAAGCGAUUUGCACAAUGUUACAAGCAUUGAUAUCAAUUUUCAAACUAAGUUACGUACUGUUUGUGCAACAACAAUUUUACACAACCAUGAAAAUUAUUUCGUCACAUGAAUUGGUGUACAGCAUAAAACUAUUAGCUCAAAGUAAUUUAAUUAAAGUGUCUAGUUUUAUGCUAUCUUUCCCAGCGCUUUAUCCAUUUUGGGAACACAAAAUGCAUAAACUACCACAAUAUUUUAUUCUCACUUUUGCCGGCUUCUGUGCAGCCUUUAUUGCUGGGAUCGGUGCUAUAAGUUUUGAUGGUUUGUUUAUAAUCAUAGCAAUGCAUUGUGUUGCUAUUCUACGCAUUUUACAUAAGAUUAUUAAAUUUUCAACAUCAUCAAAUGUGCCCAAAGAAUUACAUUUGGAUUAUUUACACCAAUGCAUAGAAUAUUACGAGAAGACAUUUCAAUUUUAUAAGGAAUUUAAUAACCUCUAUUUGCAUAUAAGCCUUAUGCAGUUCUUGUUUAGUCUUCUGACUCAUGGUGUGGUAAUGUUUCAAGGAUCUGUUGGCUUGGGAAAGGAUAUUCUAAUGGUUUUAAGGAUGAUAAUGUUUAUGGCUGCAUCUGGUUACGAAGUGGUUAUUUACUGUCUAAAUGGUCAACUUGUCACUAGUGAAAGUGAAAAAUUACCAAAUUCUUGGUUUCAAUGUGAAUGGUAUAAUGAGUCAAAAGAAUUCAAACAACUUAUUAAAAUGAUGAUUAUAAGAAGUAAUCGAUCAUUUCGAAUGAAUGCUUCAUGGUUUAGUACUAUGUCAUUGGAAACAUUAUUAAAGCUUUUUAAAACCAGUGGAUCAUACUUUCUUUUGUUAAGAAACUUAGUAGAGUACUACAUGGCAGUUGUUCAACUUCGUUUUCACAAAUUGAUACAUUUAGUCGAAACAAAUGAUUUGAUCAAUCGAUUUGAACUUUUGUCGAAAGAAACAUCAUAUAAUAAGGAAUUAAGAAAGGAUGCUACCAAAAUUCUGAACCAAUCUUGGAAAUUCGGAAGCAGACAGUUUAAUUUUUAUUUGGUGUCUUGUAUUACAAUUUUUUGCUACUACAAUGUUUUGGCCAUGAGUACAAAUGUUUAUCACACAACUAUUGGAACUGCUAAUUAUACAAAUAUAUUUUCUACUGCAGUUUACUUUCCAUUUUGGCAAGAUAAAAUGAAUCACUCUCUGCAGUUCUAUUUUCUUUAUAUUCUUGUAGUUUCGGGAAUGUCAAUAGCUGUUACAGGUGCUGUAUGUUUUGAUGGAUUUUUUAUAUUUACAGCUUGUCAUGGAUCUGCCUUAAUUCAGAUUCUUAAGAAAGCAAUUCCGUUCACAACAUCUCCUAAAGUUCCUAAAUCACUUCGUCUAGGCUAUUUGCGUCAGUGUAUUCAACAAUAUGAAAGGACUUAUCAGUAUUGUGCGGAACUCAAUGACUUAUAUCUUCAAAUCACUUUGGCACAGUUUCUUUUGAGUUUGGUUAUUUUGGGAUUAGUAAUGUUUCAAGGAACCGUUGGAUUUGAAACCGAUUAUGUUCUAUUUUUAAAGAUGAUAUUAUACAUUUCUGCUGCUGGUUAUGAAGUAAUUAUUUUUUGUUUAAAUGGACAAUCAAUUAACAGUGAGAGUGAAGGAAUAACAAAUGCCUGGUAUGAAUGCGAAUGGUACAACGAAUCAAAGGAGUUUAAAAAGCUUAUUCAAAUGAUCAUGAUGAGGUCCAACAAAACUAUAGUUAUGAAAGCUUCUUGGUUUUCCACGAUGUCCUUACCAACUCUUUUGAGUAUUAUUCGAACUAGUGGUUCUUAUUUUCUUCUGCUUCGUAAUGUGACUUCUGAAUAA